AACGGCUCCUGCAUUUACAUGUUUCAACUAAGACCUCCCAUCUAUAUUAUAUCUAUAAACUUCCCAUUUUGUCUAAAUUUGUUCAUACUAUCAGAAAAUCCCUGAUAUAACAAUGGCUGCGUCUCAGAAAUGUCUUGGGAAAGGCAGUGCUGCCCCUGGACCUGUGCCAAAGGACCAUAUUCGUUUAUACAGCAUGAGAUUCUGCCCUUUUGCCCAAAGAACAAGACUUGUGCUUCAUGCCAAGGGAAUUAAGCAUGAUAUUGUCAACAUCAAUUUGAAGAAUAAACCUGAUUGGUUUUUCGAGAAAAAUCCUCUUGGUUUAGUCCCAGUGCUGGAAACCCAAAGUGGUCAGGUGAUACAGGAGUCACCAAUCACCUGUGAGUAUCUGGACGAGGCGUACCCUCAAAAGAAACUCUUUCCUUCUGACCCUUUUCAGAAGGCCCAACAGAAAAUGCUACUAGAGGAUUUCUCAAAGGUGACUCCAUUCUUCUAUAAAAUCCCAAUGGGAAUGAAUAAAGGAGCGGAUGUCUCAGAACUUAAAACAGAAUUUAAAGACAAACUCAUCCAUUUAAACAAGAUGCUCGGCAACAAGAAGUUUUUUGGAGGGGAUUCGGUCACAAUGAUUGACUACAUGAUGUGGCCGUGGUUUGAGAGAAUGGAGAUGCUGGAACUGAAGCCCUGCUUGGACAGCUCUCCUGAGUUAAAGAAGUGGAUUGAGCACAUGUUGGAGGAUCCCAGUGUGAAAGCUAUGAUGUUCAGCACAGAAGUCUACAAGGCCUUCUACAAGACCUACAUGGAGGGAAUACCCGAUUAUGAUUAUGGGCUUUAGAGUAAAUCAUUUUCAAUGAUAACAAACAAUUCAUAUUUUCCGAUUUAAUGAAAUCUUGCUGGAUCUAUUCAAGCUUUGAUAAUCUUAAAAUCAGAUCUUUUAAAUGGUUUAGUCUAGCACUUUCUGUAGCUGGUAAAACUCCUAUCGUGGAUAUAGUGCUAGUGACUGAGUUAUUUGUGAAAUAUUCAGCUGAAUGGCAUACAGCAUUUUAAAACUGUUCUGUACACAAUGUGGUGAAAGAAAUGAAUGACAUUAAACAAAUUGCAACAAG